CCGGGUUGUGCAUGGCUCUCCUCUUGGCGCCCGCAGAGCCGCGAGGCUGAGGUGUGAGAGCCGGUCGGGCGGAGGAGUCUGAGCGUGAACUCCGUCCCUGACUGCGCGGACGAACCUAGCUCCUUGGUGACAUUUGCAGACAGGAAAAGUAAACUGUCAAGGAAUUCAUACCAUUUGGUACCUGUUAUUUGGACCAAUUUAAGGAGUCUUUAAUUUAUCAGAUCAACUGGCAACAGAAAAUGAAAAGUAGUGUGGCACAGAUAAAACAUUCUUCUUCUGGUCAUGACAGAAGGGAAAACUAUAAUUCCUAUCAGAGGACCUCCUCUCCAGAAGACAGAUAUGCAGAACAAGAAAGAUCCCCUCGGGAUAGAGAUCACUUUGAUUACAGCAGGUCAGACUAUGAGCAUUCAAGAAGAGGGCGUUCUUAUGAUAGUAGCAUGGAGUCACGAAGUAGGGACCGAGAAAAACGCAGAGAAAGAGAAAGAGAUAUGGAUCGUAAAAGGUCUCGGAAAUCCCCAUCUCCUGGGAGAAGAAGCCCAGAACCAUCAGUAACCCAGAGUUCCUCUGCUCAGGAUGAACCUACGGCAAAGAAGAAGAAAGAUGAGUUGGAUCCUCUUCUUACUCGCACCGGUGGAGCAUAUAUUCCUCCUGCAAAGCUCAGGAUGAUGCAAGAGCAGAUCACAGACAAAAACAGCUUAGCGUACCAGAGGAUGAGCUGGGAGGCCCUAAAGAAGUCAAUCAAUGGUCUUAUCAACAAAGUCAACAUUUCUAAUAUAGGUAUUAUUAUUCAAGAACUUCUUCAAGAAAACAUAGUUAGAGGAAGAGGCCUGCUGUCCAGAUCCGUUUUGCAAGCGCAGAGUGCUUCUCCAAUCUUCACCCAUGUUUAUGCAGCGUUAGUGGCAAUUAUCAACUCAAAAUUUCCACAGAUUGGAGAAUUAAUCCUCAAGAGGCUAAUUCUUAAUUUCCGAAAAGGCUAUCGAAGAAAUGAUAAGCAACUCUGUCUUACUGCUUCAAAAUUUGUGGCACAUCUUAUUAACCAAAAUGUGGCACAUGAAGUUUUAUGCCUAGAGAUGCUCACUUUGCUCCUGGAAAGACCAACAGAUGAUAGUGUUGAAGUAGCUAUUGGUUUUCUCAAGGAAUGUGGCCUCAAAUUAACACAAGUGUCACCAAGAGGAAUCAAUGCUAUAUUUGAGCGCCUCCGAAACAUUCUCCAUGAGUCUGAAAUUGACAAAAGGGUUCAGUAUAUGAUUGAAGUGAUGUUUGCUGUACGGAAGGAUGGAUUCAAGGACCACCCUGUUAUCCUAGAAGGACUUGACUUAGUGGAAGAAGAUGAUCAGUUCACCCAUAUGCUCCCUCUGGAGGAUGACUAUAAUCAAGAAGAUGUUCUUAAUGUUUUCAAGAUGGAUCCUAAUUUUAUGGAGAAUGAAGAGAAGUACAAAACUAUUAAGAAAGAAAUUCUUGAUGAGGGAGAUAGUGACUCGAACACAGACCAAGAUGCUGGAAGUAGUGAAGAGGAAGAGGAAGAAGAGGACGAAGAGGGAGAAGAAGAUGAAGAAGGACAAAAAGUGACCAUUCAUGACAAAACAGAAAUUAAUCUAGUCUCAUUUCGUCGUACAAUUUAUCUGGCUAUUCAGUCAAGUUUAGAUUUUGAAGAAUGUGCUCACAAAUUGCUGAAAAUGGAGUUCCCUGAGAGCCAAACAAAAGAACUCUGCAACAUGAUACUUGACUGUUGUGCCCAACAAAGGACAUAUGAGAAAUUUUUUGGCUUAUUAGCUGGGCGAUUUUGCAUGCUAAAAAAAGAAUACAUGGAAUCCUUUGAAAGUAUAUUCAAAGAACAAUAUGAUACCAUCCAUCGCUUGGAAACAAACAAAUUGAGAAAUGUUGCUAAGAUGUUUGCUCACCUUUUAUAUACUGAUUCACUUCCAUGGAGUGUUCUUGAAUGUAUAAAGCUAAGUGAAGAAACCACUACAUCAUCCAGUAGAAUUUUUGUUAAAAUAUUUUUCCAAGAACUUUGUGAAUAUAUGGGUCUUCCUAAACUUAAUGCAAGAUUAAAGGAUGAAACCCUCCAGCCAUUUUUUGAAGGAUUAUUACCCCGAGAUAAUCCAAGAAACACUCGGUUUGCCAUCAACUUCUUUACUUCUAUAGGUCUUGGAGGUUUAACGGAUGAAUUGCGUGAGCAUCUCAAAAAUACACCAAAGGUCAUUGUGGCACAGAAACCAGAUGUUGAGCCAAAUAAAUCCUCCCCCUCCUCUUCCUCUUCCGCAUCCUCCUCUUCAGAGUCUGACUCCUCCGCCUCUGAUUCGGACAGCACUGACAGCAGUUCAGAGUCUUCCAGUGAAGAGAGCGAUUCUUCAUCCUGCAGUAGUCAGAGCUCUGCCUCAGCUACAAAUAGAAGAAAGAAGGGACAAGGGAACACCAGAAGUAAAGAAGUAGAUAAAUUGAUCAGGAAACAACAAACCCAUGAUAGGAAACAAGAAGAAAGAAGGCCAGAGCAAAGGCAUCAAGAAACAUGGACUGAAAGAGAAAGAAGGUCAGAAAAACAUAAAGAUAAAAAUUCAAGGGAUCCAAAUUGGAGAAAUCCCAUAACAAAAUACACUUCAGACAGAGGUGUUCCUUCUGAACGAAAUAGUUACAGUAGAAUCACGAAUGACAGAGACCAAGAAGCACACGCAGAUUUGGAAAAUAAGCACAGUGACCCCAAAAAGAAGAGAGGAGAGAGCAGAAAUUCUUUUUCUGAAAAUGAGCACAGACACCGAAAUAAGGACAGUGAAACUGUGAUAAGAAAAGAUAGAUCAAGGUCAAGAGAGAAGAACCGAAAACGUUCAGGUUCCAGAAGCGAUGAAGACAGGUAUCAGAAUGGUGCCGAAAGGCGAUGGGGAAAAUCUAGCAGAUACUCCAAACAAUCCAGAGAACCAGAGAAACAUCAGGACUGGCGAAGAGAAAAGUCUCCAACAAAGCAAAAAAAAUGAUGCUACAAAAUGCCAGAAACUGAACAUGCCUUAUAUUCAGUUGAAACAAAUUAUUUUUUACAUUAACGAACUUUAUAGAGAAUUCUUGUAUAAAGUAAUGGUUUGUAUUUGUACAUUUAAAAAUUUUUUCAUUUUAACAUGUUUUAUAAUUGAUACAUCUCAAGGCCCUCCACAUAAAAUUAUUUGAAAAGUUUCACCAGAGAGGGAUGUAAUUCUUGCUUAUAUUUUGUUAAUAAAAUGAUCAAAUGCU